CUGUUCUUUAAAGAAGUGACAGACAUCAAUUCAAAUCAACACCAUUUAUUUUCCGUCGACAUACGGUAGCACGGUAAACAGCGCACAGUAUUUCGGUUUGACGAGGAACAAAACCAACGUCUGGAAACACACCGAAUAACCCAUAGGAGAUAACAACAAGAGAAACGUAUCAUGCCUCCCCAACAGGAAGAGAACAUCGAGGUUCCGAUUCCGUCGGAUUUGGAAAGGGACGUCAAGUUUUCCUUCGACGYAGCCGACAGAAGCUCUUCGGCUCCGGCGUCUGACGAGAAAGGGUCGUCUCCCGCAACGAACACCGGGGACGGCGACGAAAAAUUGUUGUCGUUCUUGACGGGUAUGAAGAACGAUUUGGUGGCCCGCAAACCCUACUACAAUAUGAAGACCGGUGGCGUCGGCGACUGGGGAAAACCCGAUAAUUUCUUUACAGUCUUUAACGCCACUAUUUUUGCCUUUGUCAUCCAGUUGAUYCCGGCCCUUAUUUUUGCMGACCUCAUGGACCGACAAACGGAUGGAAAUCUUGCGACCGUCGAAACKCUCUUGUCCUCGGCAAUCAUUGGAAUCAUCUACGCGAUUUUUUCUGGGCAACCCCUGGUGAUCAUGGGAAUCACGGGUCCCGUCUCGUUGCUGUUGGGUACCUCCUACGGACURGCCGCGCAGUUCGAUGCCGACUACUUUCCMUUUUUCUUUUGGAUUUGUUUGUGGGCGGGUUUGAUGCACGUGCUUUCUGCCUGCGUCGGCCUGGUUAGUUUGGUCUGGAAGGUCACACCUUUUACCUCGCAAAUCUUUGAAUUAUUUAUCGCCAUUACYUUUAUUUAUUCGGCCCUCAGGGAUCUKAUUGUUCCCAUCCACCUUUCCGAUCAGGACAUCGACGGACAGGAGGUCACCGCGGAGCUCCGAUCUGCAGGAUAYGCCUCGUUCAUCAUCGGGCUGAUUACCUGCUACACCGCCUGGAGCCUGCAUUUUGCCGAGACUUGGAUUUUCUUUUCCAGGCAGAUCCGAACCUUUUUGACCUCGUACAACACGCUGAUUGCUGUUGUGGUGGCCACUGCCUUUAGCUACAUCCCCGGCUUGGACCAGAACAACGCGAUCGAGCGCGUCAACGUGGUUGCCCCCUGGAACUGGGAACCGACGGCMGAUCGUCCGUGGGUGACGAAUCCYCUCCAGGGAAUCGGAUUGCAGGGAAUUUUCGGGGCGCUCGUUCCCGGCUUCAUGUUCUUUUUGCUCUUCAUCAUCGACCACAACGUUUCUAGCAUCUUGACGCAGUCGCCAAAAUUCAACCUCAAAAAACCGCCGGCCUAUCACUGGGACUUUUUUGUUCUCGGGAUUACCUUCUUCCCGUGCGCCGUCUUGGGUCUGCCCCCCGGCAACGGUCUCAUCCCGCAGGCCCCACUCCACUGCCGGGCCCUUUGCACCCGCAAGAUCGAAACCGAYAAGUACGGUGUGAGCCGAGAGGUCGUCACCCACUGYGAAGAACAGCGCUGGUCCGGGCUCGGACAGGCCCUGCUAAUGUUUGCCGCCCUCAGCUCCUUUGUCGUCAUUUCCUGGAUCCCCACCGGCUGCCUCUUUGGGUUGCUCCUGUACCUCGGAAUGAGCGCCCUCCACGGAAACGAGAUCUGGGAGCGAUUGCUCCUGUGCGGGGUCUACGAGCACAAGCGUCCGAAGAUCCCCGUCGUGCGGUGCGUUGCCUGGAAGACCGUCCAGGCCUGGACCWUUAUCCAGCUGGCGUGCGCGGUAGCGAUCUGGGCAGUCGGGCAGUAYGCGCCGGUAGGGUACAUUUACCCGCUCCUKUUGACCCUCUUGGUCCCCUUCCGGUCCUACGUGCUGGAAUACUUUUUCAAGCCGGAGGACACGAAGCACCUGGACCCCGUCGAYGAGACGGAGGAAGAAUUCCACGACGAGCAGCGCAUGGUCCACCACACGCUGGGCCACUCGACCGACGAGGACGACAUGCUCUUUCCCACCCGKGCCGAGUUCCGCGGCCAGGGCAUGAAGCGGGCGCUGAUGAACACGAACCGCCGGCACACCAUCGGUGGGCACGGGGGCGCCAGCGACGACAUUUUGGCGCUGGAGGUCGCCAAGGCCUGCAUCGACCUGGACCUGGACGACGCGACAAAGCUGGAAAUUGUCCAGCGGGCCGCGCAGGCCGAUGCCCGCAUGACGGCAUCGACGUCCAUCACCGACCUCAUGGCCCUGGACAACCUCGGAGGAAACAAGCAGCAAUAAACGAAGCCACGAACGAAGAAAACCACCAGCUGUGGUCUCCUUUUGUUUGUGCGAAAACCGCACGGUAUCAAAAUCUUGCAGCGGGAACGAGAAGCUGCACGUUGAUUGAAACCAAAUGCAUGAUGGAUGCACGAAUUGCCAUCCCGCAUGUUUGUCUUAGGUCGCCAAUGAUCAUUCGGAACUUUGGUCCGAAUUUCUUUGGUGGUUUGAACAACGGUUCGAGCCGUUGAUUCUUUGUCACACACAGAUUGGAACAAUAUCUACCAAAAAAAUAAAUACAUCMCUGACUA